GCUGCUGCUGCCCCUGCCCGUCCCGCUGCCGCCACCGGGGCCUCCCUUCUCCCCCCCCAUCUCCGGUGGCCCCGGGAGCCCCGGGGAGGGCCGAAGGGGGGCUGCCAGGGGCGCCCGCGCUAUUUUUAGCCGGGGCCCGCGGGUAUUUUUAGCCGGGGCCGCGGUUGCGUCAAUGGAACCCCUCGUGCGUCACGGCCGCGCCCCCGCCGCGCCGCCCCCCCCGUGCGUCACCGGCCCCGCACCGCCCCGCGCGUCACCGAGCGCUUAAGAGAAAGUAGUGGCGGGGCCGGAGCCCGGCGGAGCGCGGACCGGAGCGGCAGCCGGAGCGGGAACAGGACCGGCCGCCGCCGCUGCUGCACCGGCACCCGGAGAUGCCCUGCAUCCAGGCGCAGUACGGCACGGCGGGCACCGGCCCCUGCGAGCGCUGCCCGACCGAGUUGCUCAGCCCCGACGGUGGCCGUUUCGUCAUGGAGGUGGCCGGAGCAGAUUUGGCAGCCGCUCCCGCCUUGCCCAGCUUCAGCACCUUCAUGGAGGGCUACGCCGGAGAGUUCGACGCCUUCCUCUACCAGCUGCCCACCGGCGGCCAACCCAGCGCCACCACCACCGCCUUCAAGCUGGAGGACUUCCAGGUGUACGGCUGCUACCCCGGGGCUUUUGGGGAGCAGCAGGAUGAGACCCUCUCCUCCAGCGGCUCGGACUGUUACGGCAGCCCUUGCUCCGUUCCCUCGCCUGCCACGCCGGGCUUCCAACCGCCCCAGGUUCCAAACUGGGAGGUCUCCUUCGGGGCGUACUCCCCACCGCCAAACUAUGAAAGCGGGCGACCCUGGGUCGAGCCGGCCAAGGGCGGCGGCACUCAGCCCCCCUUCUUCACCUUUGCCCCCCCGGCACCCAGUCCCGGUGGGACCCCCGGGACCUUGAAGGGGCAGCCGAGCCCUUCGCCCCACUUGGACCCCCGGUUCUUGGACACGGAUGCCUUCGCCCUGGCACAGGGGGGCUUUGCGGCGCUGCCUUUGGCCCCCGCGUCGCCGCUGCUGGAGGGGCCACCGCUGACCCCCACCAAAGCGCGCAGCCCCGGGGCGGGCGAGGGUCGCUGCGCCGUCUGCGGGGACAACGCCUCCUGCCAGCACUACGGCGUGCGCACCUGCGAGGGCUGCAAGGGCUUCUUCAAGCGCACGGUGCAGAAGAACGCCAAGUACAUCUGCCUGGCCAACAAGGACUGCCCUGUGGACAAGCGGCGGAGGAACCGCUGCCAGUUCUGCCGCUUCCAGAAGUGCCUGGCGGUCGGCAUGGUCAAAGAAGUGGUCCGGACUGACAGCCUGAAGGGGCGACGAGGCCGUCUGCCCUCCAAGCCCAAGCAGCCACCAGACGCGUCCCCCGUCAGCCUCAUCACCUCCCUGGUGCGGGCUCACAUCGACUCCAUCCCCAGUGCCACCAAGCUCGACUACUCCAAGUUCCAGGAGUCGAUGCCGUGCCAGUUUGAGAAGGAGGACUCGGUGGAUGUGCAGCAGUUCUACGAUCUGCUCACCGGCUCCAUGGAUGUCAUCCGCAAGUGGGCUGAGAAGAUCCAAGGCUUCACCGAGCUGCCCAAGGAGGACCAGGACCUGCUGCUGGAGUCGGCUUUCCUCGAGCUCUUCAUCCUGCGCCUGGCGUACCGCUCGAAGCCGGAGGAAGGGAAGCUCAUCUUCUGCAACGGAGUGGUGCUGCACCGCCUGCAGUGCGUGCGGGGCUUCGGCGAGUGGAUUGACGCCAUCCUCGAGUUCUCCCAGAGCCUCCACCGCAUGAAUGUCGACGUCCCCUCCUUCUCCUGCCUCGCCGCCCUCGUCAUCAUCACCGAUCGCCAUGGGUUGAAGGAGCCGAAGCGGGUGGAGGAGCUGCAGAACCGCAUCGUGGGCUGCUUGAAGGACCACGUCGCGGCGGCGGGGGCCGAGCCUGGGCGUCCCGGUUGCCUCUCCAAGCUGUUGGGCAAACUGCCCGAGCUACGGAGCCUUUGCACCCAGGGCCUCCAGCGCAUCUUCUACCUGAAGCUGGAGGACCUGGUGCCACCACCACCCAUCGUGGACAAGAUCUUCAUGGACACGUUGCCCUUUUGAGCCCCCGGUUGGGGGGCUGCUGCCAGCUCCUGCCCCCCCCCCC